AUGGAGUCCGUCCAAAAGCGAACACCAGUACUCUGGUGUACAGGCUAUCACCAGCACCUCCGUUCGUCGUGCAUCAGCCGUCUAACUGGCAAGUCCUUUGUACCUCGUGUAGUGUACCCUCGUAGCUCGGGUGAUUUCCCGCCGGUGUUCGAGAUCACACAUUUGGCGACCGUGACAGGACAGGACACCCGAGCACUAGAAAGCAGCAUAAUGGCAGGAAAGUAUGUGCGUGCCCCAUCAUCAGGAGAUGAUGCUAGAGAUAACAAAAUGAAUUCUCUAUCGAACGAAGAAGAGUCCGCAGGAAAUCACCUGGAGUGCAGCGGGAGAUACGUCCGUGCACCUGUGAUAUCAGAAUCAGAAGAACAGGCCGCAAACAUGUACGCUCAUUAUUAUAAUGAAGCCGAAGAAGACGUCCACACGCAAUUACAAGACAAAAUCCGUGAGCUUGAAGAAGUUAUUCAACAAAUGCAAAAUACCAACAGAUGCCUCGAAAAUAAUGAACCGAUUCCAGACUCUUCUUCAAAAUCCACAACAUCGGGCGAAGGCAGUAUCAGAUGCGAUAUAAAACCCUAUCCCAAAAACGUCCCAGCUAGUAAGAUGUGGGAAGCAUGGACGAAGUUCAUUGAGGACUUUCAACUGUCAGUUACCCUGCUUAACGCCCACGAUCCCAAGCGCCGAAUAGACUUACUGAUGUUGUACAUGGGAGACGACCUGAAGGGAGUUGUACGAGCCGCGAAACUUAAACCCACAGUAGAAAACGGUGAGUGCUAUGAAACAUUCGUACGGAAUAUCGAUCAAUAUUUGAAAUCGAUGACGGAUCCAGCAGCGGAGCAUGAGGCAUUCUCUUGCAUGCAGCAGGAAGAAGGGGAAUCUGCGAUUGGGUUCCAUGCAAGAUUGUCGGAGAAAGUCAGGUUGUGUGGCUAUAGCGAACCGGAUCAGGAUGUGUUCGUACGAGCGCAGCUAAUGCGAGGCUUGCGUAACCAAGAAGUAAAACAACAAGCUCGUAUUUAUGGGUUAAAAACGAAUGAAAUAGUUGUAUCAGCAACCCGCGCCGAAGCAUUUCACACCGAAGUUAAAACUCGAGUUGCCGAGUGCAGUGCUAUGGCUAUACGCAGUUAUUCAACUCGUGAUAGCAGGUCCCGAAACAAACGUAGAUCAGAUUCAGCAAAGGAGUUUGCGUCACACACCAAGAGGUACAGGUACACCGAUAAUCGCAGCUAUGGUAGAGGCAGAAGCAGUUCCGAUAAUUCUUCAGUCAGUCGCAGAUACAGAUGCACCAGGUGCUUCGAAGACCGUUCUACACACGAUAACGGAAUUUGUCCGAAAUUGGAAAAACGUUGUUACAACUGCAACAGAGAAGGACACAUAGCUAGAGCAUGCAGAUUGAAUAGAGUGAAUGAACUGAGACACGAUCGAAGUCCUAAGAGAGAAAACGAUGAGCAUGAACAGCAAAUCAAUUCCCUAUCCUUAUGCGAUGUUUUGGUAGAUUGCCGCAUUGGAUCUUCCACCCCGAUAAAGUUCCUUAUCGAUUCUGGAGCCGACGUCAAUGUAAUCGGAGGCAACGAUUGGAGCAAGCUUGAGCAGGAGAUAUGUGCUGGACAAGCUCACGUGAUUUCUAAAAGUUCACACACUAAUCGUAACCUUCAGGCGUAUGCCACUAGGCGACCUAUGAAUAUUGAGUGUAUUCUUGAAGCUACCGUUGAGACUGUUAAAUCUCGGAAAUCGAUCAUGACUGCCGAAUUUAUUGUAGUCAAAGAGGGAAGACAAUCGCUGUUAGGUAGGGCUACUGCAAGCGACAUGGGUUUGUUAAGGGUAGGAGUCGAAAUAAAUAGCUGCACAGAAACAAAAAUCUUCCCGAAAAUGCCCGGAGUGCGCGUUAAUUUCAGCAUAGAUACCUCAAUCCCGCCAGUUAAAAAUGCUUACUGCAAUAUACCAGCAGCAUAUCGUCAGGCAGCUCGCUUAAGGCUCGAGCAAAUGGAAGCCAGUGGUAUAAUUGAAAAAAUAACGCAUGCACCUCGUUGGAUAAGUGGUAUGAGUGCAGUACCUAAGGGGAAAGAUGAUUUCCGUUUAGUGGUUAACAUGAGGGCUCCCAAUAGAGCUAUUAAACGGGAGUACUUCCGACUGCCACUGGUCGACGAGAUGAGAGUGAAGCUACACGGGGCUAGGUAUUUCACCAAAUUGGAUCUAUCAAAUGCCUAUUAUCACUUGGAGUUAGGUCUUGAGUCUCGCGAUUUAACUACUUUUUUAGCUGAUAACGGGAUGUACAGAUUCACUCGACUUAUGUUCGGGGUGAACUGUGCUCCCGAGAUAUUCCAGCGGGAAAUGUGCCGGAUACUGGAACACAUAGAGAACAAAAUAGUCUACAUAGACGAUGUCCUCAUUUACGCUACGACGCUUAAGGUGCUACGAGAAACGGUUAGCCUUGUCUUGCAGAUAUUUAAAUCGAACAACCUGACACUAAAUACUGCCAAAUGCGAAUUCGAUCGAACCGAAAUAGCAUUUUUGGGUCAUCAUCUCGAUAAAAACGGUUUCAAUAUUGAAAUCUCAAAAAUAAAAGAUAUUGAAAAAUUUGAGAGUCCAUCAAACGCAUCAGAGCUCAGGAGCUUUCUUGGGCUAGCGUCGUUCAUAAGUCCACACAUAAGAAACUUUGCUGACUUGACCGCACCACUAUGGGCUGCAACCGCGAACAAUGCUUGGAGAUGGGGAGAGGAGCAACAAACAGCUUUUAAUCUCGUGAAAAAUCAAAUCAUCCACUGUACGACCUCCCUUGGAUUCUUUUCUGAAACGGAUAAAACUAUACUGUACACGGACGCUUCACCUCAUGCUUUGGGAGCGGUGCUAGUGCAGGAAAAUUCAGAUAAGAUUCCCCGUAUCAUAAGCUUUGCAUCCAAAGCGUUAACGGAGACGGAAAGAAAGUACCCCCAGAACCAGCGGGAAGCUCUGGGAGCAGUAUGGGCAGUGGAACGGUUUUCUUAUUUCCUCACCGGCCGACCCUUCACUUUACGAACUGAUGCCCAGGGUAUGGCAUUCAUCAUUAGUAGACCUCGUGAAGAAUCCAAAAGAGCACUAACAAGGGCUGAUGGUUGGUCCCUACGCCUAAGUCCCUAUAUUUAUGAAGUUGAAUAUAUAAAAGGUCUGGAUAACAUUGCCGACCCUUCAUCGCGCCUAUAUCGUGGGGAAGACGAAGCAUUCAACGAAGACGUAAGUCCUUGGGAAAUCUGCCACUUACAGACCAACUUCUAUGAAUUCUUAACGAGGCAAGAAAUUCAGGAUUGCACCAAGAAUGACGAAAUUCUGCAACAGGUUAUCUGUUCGCUCGAAUCAGGCAAAUGGCCCGCUAAUAUAUCCAGAUACAAAACGGUGGCGAACGAUCUGCAUGUAGUUGAAGAUAUUUUGGUGAAGAACGGCUGUGCUGUUAUACCAAUGGAACUUCGAGAAAAAGUCCUAAACAUAGCCCACCUGGGGCACCCACUAGAAGCUAAGCUCAAGAGCAUUCUUCGCAAAAGGGUCUGGUGGCCGGGAAUGGCAAAGGAUGCCGAACAGUGGGUUAAAUCAUGUGCCUCUUGUGCUAUAAACGGCAAGCCAGAAAAGCCCACACCUAUGCAGCGAAUAUUUGCCCCUAGAAUGGUAUGGGACACGUUAGCAAUCGACUUCAACGGCCCAUAUCACAAACUCGGCGGAAUCUUAAUCCUUGUGGUGAUAGAUUUACGGUCAAGAUAUGCGAUAGCUUCGCCUGUGAAAUCGACAAGAUUUGAAUACACAAAAGCGGUGUUAGAUAGUAUCUUUCGGAGAGAAGGUUUUCCUAAAGCUAUUAAAAGUGAUAAUGGGCCACCUUUCAAUGGAGAGGAAUUCAAAGAAUAUUGUAACAAACGCGGUAUAAAAACGAUAUUCUCAACGCCUUUCUAUCCCCAGCAAAAUGGGCUGGUGGAGUCCUUCAUGAAAGUGGUAAAUAAAGCUAUCUCCACUGCAUUAUAUUCUAACACAGACUAUCGAUGCGAACUACAGGCAGCGGUAGACGCCGGACGACGGACCACUCUACCACAAAGAUGUCCCCUGAAGAAGUUCUCAUGGGCCGUAGAGUUCAACGAGGGUUGCCGAUCCUUAAUGAUGAUCACAUUCCAGAUACAGUGCAUACAAAUGAAACCUUGGACAGGCACGACCGUGAUAAUAAAAUCCGCUCAAAACACCGAGAAGACCAGCGACGUGGUGCAAGGCCAUGCCGAGUCAAAGAAGGUGACACUGUAG